UAUCGUCCCCGCGCCAGUUGAUAGCUGCAGCCCAGCCGAUCCACCCUGUAGAACCCCGAGUGACCCGCCUUCCGAUCCCACGAACGCAGCCGACAGUCCGGUGCCGGUGUACAUCUCGCUGCGCACUCCCACUCCCGUAGCUCGUGCACCAUAUAUACACUCGCUCAGCUGCUGCUCAUCCGGUGAUCUCAUCUCACACAGCCAGUUAAAGCUAGCAUAUGUAAGCACGAUCGAGUAGCUGGCUACUGUGCAUAGCUAGGAAUUAAUCGUGGGACAUGGGUUCUUUGGCGGCAGCCAACGGGGCCGGUCAUGCGAGCAAUGGCGCCGGCGUCGCGGACCAGGCGCUGGCACUGGAGAACGGCACCGGCAAUGGGCACAAGGCCAGCGACGCCAACCGAGCGACGCCGGUACAGCAGGCAAACGGCAGCAGCAAGGCCGCGGGGAAGGUUAGCCCGAAGGACAAGUACUGGGUGGCCGUCGAUGAGGGAGAGAUGGCGGCCGCCAUAGCGGACGGCGGCGAGGACGGCCGGCGACCGCUGCUGUACCGGACGUUCAAGGUCAAGGGCAUCCUCCUGCAUCCCUACAGGUUGCUGAGCUUGAUCAGAUUGGUUGCUAUCGUCCUAUUUUUCGUAUGGCGUGUCAGGCACCCAUACGCUGAUGGCAUGUGGCUCUGGUGGAUAUCGAUGGUUGGGGAUCUUUGGUUUGGCGUCACUUGGUUGCUAAACCAAGUUGCAAAGCUCAACCCUGUCAAGCGUGUCCCCAACCUUGCGCUUUUGCAACAGCAGUUUGAUCUCCCUGACGGCAACUCCAACCUUCCUUGUCUUGAUGUCUUCAUCAACACCGUUGAUCCCAUUAAUGAACCUAUGAUAUACACUAUGAACUCCAUCAUAUCCAUCCUUGCUGCAGACUAUCCGGUUGACAAGCAUGCUUGCUACCUUUCAGAUGAUGGUGGGUCAAUAAUCCAUUAUGAUGGUUUGCUUGAGACUGCAAAAUUUGCUGCAUUAUGGGUUCCCUUUUGCAGAAAACAUUCCAUUGAGCCAAGAGCCCCUGAGAGCUAUUUUUCUUUGAAUACACGCCCAUACACUGGAAAUGCACCACAAGACUUUGUCAAUGACCGCAGACACAUGUGUAGAGAGUAUGAUGAGUUCAAGGAGCGCUUAGAUGCACUUUUUACCCUCAUUCCCAAACGGUCAGAUGUGUACAAUCAUGCUGCUGGCAAAGAAGGUGCAAAGGCAACUUGGAUGGCAGAUGGGACACAGUGGCCAGGCACAUGGAUUGACCCAGCUGAAAACCAUAAGAAAGGACAACAUGCUGGGAUCGUUAAGGUUUUGUUGAAACAUCCAAGUUAUGAACCAGAACUUGGUCUAGGAGCAAGCACCAACAGUCCUCUAGACUUCAGUGCAGUUGAUGUGCGCCUCCCAAUGCUCGUUUACAUCUCCCGUGAGAAGAGUCCAAGCUGUGAUCAUCAAAAGAAGGCAGGUGCCAUGAACGUACAGUUGCGAGUCUCUGCCCUCCUGACCAAUGCGCCCUUUAUCAUCAACUUUGAUGGUGACCACUACGUCAACAACUCGAAAGCCUUCCGUGCUGGCAUAUGUUUCAUGCUCGAUCGCCGUGAAGGUGACAAUACUGCCUUUGUCCAGUUUCCCCAACGCUUCGAUGAUGUUGAUCCCACAGAUAGGUACUGCAAUCACAAUCGUGUCUUCUUUGACGCCACCUUGCUCGGCCUCAAUGGCAUCCAAGGGCCGUCUUAUGUUGGCACUGGUUGCAUGUUCCGCCGUGUCGCACUUUACGGUGUUGACCCACCUCGCUGGAGACCUGAUGACGUGAAGAUCGUGGACAGCUCCAGCAAGUUUGGCAGUUCAGAGUCAUUCAUCAGCUCAAUACUGCCAGCAGCAGACCAAGAACGCUCCAUCAUGUCGCCACCGGCACUUGAAGAGUCUGUCAUGGCUGACUUAGCUCAUGUCAUGACUUGUGCAUAUGAGGACGGGACUGAAUGGGGCAGAGAAGUUGGUUGGGUGUACAACAUUGCAACUGAGGAUGUGGUGACCGGCUUCCGGCUGCACCGGAAUGGGUGGCGAUCCAUGUACUGCCGCAUGGAACCAGAUGCAUUCGCCGGCACCGCACCAAUCAACCUCACUGAGCGGCUCUACCAGAUCCUGCGCUGGUCGGGGGGCUCCCUUGAGAUGUUCUUCUCGCACAACUGCCCACUCCUGGCUGGCCGCCGCCUCCACCCAAUGCAAAGAAUUGCCUAUGCCAACAUGACAGCCUACCCAGUUUCAUCUGUCUUUCUUGUGUUCUAUCUCCUCUUCCCGGUGAUAUGGAUCUUCCGUGGGCAAUUCUACAUACAGAAGCCAUUCCCCACGUAUGUGUUGUACCUCGUCAUCGUCAUAGCCCUGACCGAGUUAAUCGGUAUGGUUGAGAUCAAGUGGGCUGGGCUCACGCUGCUGGACUGGAUCCGCAACGAGCAGUUCUACAUUAUUGGUGCAACAGCCGUGUACCCUACAGCAGUAUUUCACAUAGUGCUGAAGCUGUUUGGCCUGAAGGGUGUUUCAUUCAAGCUGACGGCAAAACAGGUAGCAAGCAGUACCAGCGAUAAGUUUGCUGAACUGUAUGCCGUGCAGUGGGCUCCGAUGCUGAUCCCUACCAUGGUGGUUAUAGCGGUGAAUGUUUGUGCCAUUGGCGCAUCGAUAGGCAAGGCGGUAGUGGGAGGAUGGUCACUGAUGCAGAUGGCCGAUGCAGGACUUGGGCUGGUGUUCAACGCGUGGAUUCUGGUGCUGAUCUACCCGUUUGCACUGGGCAUGAUUGGACGGUGGAGCAAGAGGCCCUACAUCCUGUUCAUUCUGUUUGUCAUUGCGUUUAUUUUGAUCGCAUUGGUGGAUAUCGCCAUCCAGGCCAUGCGGUCUGGGAUUGUUCGGUUCCACUUUAAAAGCUCAGGUGGCGCCACUUUUCCCACAAGCUGGGGUUUGUAAGUUCCUCCCUUUGCUGGGAAGUUCCUUUUCCUUUGUGGUGUGGGUUUUUUCUUUUUUCCUUUUCUUGUUAUUGCAUAUAUAGACCAUUUGUGGUGUGAAUCAUAUAUAGGCUGUACAAGUUUGUGGAAAUAAUGUAAAAUUGGCCAUUUGCCUGGAAGAAAAAGAGAUGUGGCAAAGCAACAGCUGUAGUAUAUUGGAUAUAAUGUUGAGGAUGCCUGGAAGUAUA